AGCGCCCUCGGGAGCUUCGAGCGCGAGCUGCUGGAAGCCAUCGGUGGCCAACUGAGGGGCUUCUCGGACCGGAUCGAUCAGGUCGAGGAGAAGCGCGGAGGCCCGCGGCUUCGCUUCUGCGGGGGCCUCCCAUGCCACUCCGGGGUCGCUCGUCCAGGCGGGGUCUUCGGCGAGCGUGCUGGCGCCUGCCUCCUUUGCGCCGAGCAGAUCCCCCUUCCAGGGCUUGCCUGCGGCGCCGCCCAAGACGGCGGCUCAGCUUCUUGGGGCGCGGCCCGCGACGACGCCUCCCCGGUCCAGGGCUGCGGGCGGGGGCCCUGGCAGCGGCUCGGGGGCUGCUUCAGCGGGCCGACGGGCCCCAACCGCGCGAGCGGGGCAGCGCCGCAGUGGGGGGCCGACCUCGACCUCGGGGCCCUCGUCGAGGCAGGCGGCCGCGACGCGGGCAGGGCCAUCCCGCUUGCGAUGCUGCAGGCGCUGGAGAAGGGCUCCUGGCCCUCAACUGCCCGCGUCGACGCCGCGGCCUUCACUGAGCUCGGCUGCGACGCCGCAGGCGCGUCGUGGAGCGUGGCGCUCUGCGACGUGCAGAGGAUCAGAUUCGGGCGCUUCGAGGACCGCGGUCGCUUAUGGGAGAUGCUUGCGUCGCUCCGCGCGCUGCGCAGGUCUCGGCAGUGCGACCUACUCGGUGCCCGGAUCGGCCAGUUCUUGAAAGCCAAGCAGCAGUCGGUGACUGCGAGCGGGUAUUGGAGGGUGGCCUGGGCGGUCGUUGGGGCCCCGGGCCCCCGCCCUGGAGUGGAUCAGGAGGCGGCGGGCCGCGCGCGCCCAGCCGA